AUGUCUAACUCGAUCGCCGAGUCACUGGAAAGGGUUAGAUCUCUAGGCCUGUUAGAAAGACAUUCAACUGCGCAACAUUCGCUUGGCUAUCAUAGCAAUAUAGCCGUGAGUGCCUUGUACGUUUACAAUUCGACUGUUCCAACACUCCAGGAGCCGGUAUUUUCUGCACUGGAAAACGUCAUACAAGAACAUGCUAUUUUAGGUGUCAUUCCUAUAGGUGAAGACACUCCAAAUCCUUACUUUGCGCGGUUGCCGCGAAUCGAUUUGCAAGAUGUGGUCACAUUUGUAGAGAGAAAGGAAGCAUGGAAUCCAAAUGCCGAAAUCGAUAGUGAACUCGAUGAGACCCUGGAGCGGGAGCAUAAUCGCGACUUUAAACAAAGAUAUGGAGAAUUGCCAUUCUGGAGGUUACUAAUUCUACAUGAAACUUCUGCGGUCAAUGCAGGCAAUCAAUCACGGUUCAUAGCAUGUUUUGUGGUUCAUCAUGCUAUAGGAGAUGGUCUAUCUGGCAUGGCUUUCCAUCGUUCCUUCUUCUCCGCACUAACAAGUCCGAGCGAGGUUCAGACCUCUACGACGGUUACUCCUCGUUUGGUGAUCCCGUCCCAAAAAGACCUCAUUCCUGGUCUCGAGGCUUUGCACCCAUUGCCAAUAUCUGUCUCCUUCAUACUUGGCACUGUCUGGAGAGAGCUUAUGCCCCGUUGGAGUGGUACCGUAUGGACAGCUGAAAACAUCACCGAGAAUCCUUAUAUGAGACGCUCCCGAUACAAAUCUUUCACCCUUUCAGCUUCAAGGACAGCAGAUAUAAUUAAGAUAUCUCGUGGCAAAAACACAACCGUUACUGGUGCUAUUGAAUCAAUCCUAGCUUACACGGUUUUCAACCAACUACCGAAAAAGUACACAAUACUCAAGGUGGCUGGUCCAAUUUCGCUUAGAUCCGUUCUGCCUAAAGAUCAAGUGGAUGAUAACUCCAUUGGAACUUGGUCAAAUAGCUAUGUACAAGAGCACAAUCGACCAAUCUCUGGCUCGAUAGAUGAAAAAUACUCAUAUAUCUGGAACGAGGCAAUCAAAGUCAGGGCAAUGAUCACAGGGGAGCUUGCCAAGGAAGGCAGAAACAUACGUACAGGCUUGCUCAAGCUUGUAGGUGAUUCUCAUAAGUUUUUCCAAAAGAACAUUGGGAAACCACGGGGAGAGAGUAUUGAGCUAUCGAACCUAGGAGUCUUCUCAACCGCAAAGACGGCGGAAUCAUCGAGCUGGAAGGUGAAGAAAGUUUUAUUCAGUCAAGCUGGAAAUGUGGUAGGGUCACCAUUGGAGGUAAUGAUGUCCACUGGCCCUGAUAGUCGUUUGAAUAUCGGAUUCUCGUGGCUGGAAGGUGUUGUUGAGGGAACGUGGGUUGAGUCGGUUAUGGAAGAAUUUAAACAGACAAUAGAGGAAUUAGUUAGUCCCUGA